AUGGAGCAGAUGCACAUGUCGAAAAUACAUCAGGAGAGUAAGCAGGUCCAUAUCCAUUGCGCCGUCAAUGACCAACGAAAUAUCAGGAACGCUCUUCAUCUCGCAAUGAUUAGUCCUCGGGAAGAAGAACAUGUGGAACUGGCCCGGUUGCUAGUGGAAAAAGGGCAAGUUGAUCCCAUGGGAUCAGUAAGACAAACCGGCGUCGUACACUCAUAUGCCGGUCCGGUGGAGGCCUUCAGGUACCUCAUCCACCAAGAUGAGUUUCUCGUCGACCCGGAAGAGCGAAACCGUAGUGGAAGAACAAUCUUGCACCAUCAGAUCUUCCAUCGACUCUAUUACGGGGAGUCCUUCGAGCGGAUCCAGGUUCUUUUCGCUGCUGGUCACCAUCUUUCCGGAGGCCACAUUGAUGGCGACCCGAUCUAUGACGGCUAUUCCGCGCUGCAUUGCGCUGCUCAUGUCUGGGCUACUGCAAAACUCAGAGAGGGCGAGCACACAGCGCGGCAAAGUGAGCUGGUUCUGCGGAGGCUUUUGACUACAGGAGAGGGUAUACAUCGAAUAAGCAGCCGAGGUUACACCGCUUUAACGACUAUCGGCGAGAUGAUCCACUUUUGUAACAGAAGCCCGGCGCUGAAUCAGGAGAUUAUCGCUGCAUGGCUCAAUCUGCUUUCGGAGGCAGGACACGACGUAGAGGCCUACUGCCUGACGGAAUGCACCCUUGAGAGAAAGAGACAGGAGACUUCAAGAUCGGCUUUUCCUAGGUUUCUUAUCGUCUUCGAAAAGAUAGAAGGAGUGCAGAGACUUAAUAGCAUGCGGAUAUCGAUCUCCUCACUGGAACAGGUGAUUGAAGUGGAAGAUGAGGAUGAAGAAGCCCCGAAAAUUGAGAGCACACGAGCAUUGUCAUCCCACGUCGUUCCCAGUUUUCGGGAAAGGCGUACUGACGCAAUGUUUCCAAAUCGUUCAGUCUCUUUGGGUCUGAGGAAGCAAAUAUUUGCCUUCGUGAUGUUCAUAUUGUUCAUAUUGCUUCUUCGUCAGACCUAG